CGACUUCCCAUUCUUCUUUCUUCAUCCAAAGUGUUUUUUUGCUUUCAAUUUCUCAAAUCUGUGUUUCUCAUCAUUUCCACUCUUUGUUUUCACAUUUUCUUCUAUUCUGUCUGUCAAUUAAGGAGAAAAUCAAACUUUCUUUUAUUUCUGAAAGGCAGGCUUUCUUCUUACCUUGAUUUCCACUUCGCAAAAGGAACAGCGCAGAAGAUAGUUCAGUGAAGCUCUAUUUACUUUCUGAUAUUCUCAGAGAGAAAGAGAGAGACUAUCAACAAAAAUGGCCGAAUCUCUUGCCUCUGCUGCUGUCGAAAUUGUGACAAACCAGGCAACGGAAUACGCAUCACCCUAUCUCCGUUACUUUUUCUGUUAUGGACAGAUUGUUCAAGAUUUCAAGAAUCGACGAAAGGAACUUAAAUUGAGGAAACAGAGGGUGAAAAUUCGUGUCGAUGAGGCUACAAGGCAAAAUGAGGUCAUCUAUGAGGACGUUCAGGACUGGCUUAGAAGGGCUGAGCAAGAACUGGAAGAAACCCAGAACUUGCAAGAUGAAAUAGAUCGCGUCAAGUGUUUCAAAUGGUGUCCUAAAUGGGGCUGGCGAUAUUGCUUAAGUAAGAAACUGGCAGAGAAGACUCCUAUUAUCUCUAAACUUUUAGAGGAUUCUAACUUUCCACAGGUGGGCUAUCGUGGUUCUCUUCAAGGAAUAGAGUUCAUCACAUCCACGGAUUUCAUGGACUCUGAAUCUUCAAAAUCAGCUUUCAACCAGAUCUUGGAGGCUAUAAAAGCUGACAACAUGAUCGGACUGUACGGAAUGCCAGGAGUUGGUAAGACAACUUUAGCCAAAGAAGUUGGGAAGCAUGCUCGAGACCAAAAGCUCUUUGAUAAAGUUGUGAUGUUUACUAUGUCCCAAAAUCCGAACAUCAGAACAAUUCAAGAUAAAGUUGCAGAGAUGUUUGGUUUAAACUUUCAAACAAAUACCAAAGAAGGACGAGCAGAAGAGUUAUUCAGGAGUAUGCAAGGCGUGAACAAAAUCCUCGUAAUUGUCGACGACCUCUGGGAAGAAUUCAAAUUGGAGAGUAUCGGAAUUCCAUUCGGUGAUGAACACAAGGGUUGUAAAAUUCUUCUGACUACACGUCAACAACAAGUCUGCAGUAAAAUGAAGUGUCAGAAGGAAAUUCAACUUGGCAUCUUAUCCAAAGACGAAGCAUGGGUUUUAUUUCGAGAUCAAGCCGGUUUAGAAGAUGACUGUUCCAUCUUGAAUGAGGUAGCGAAAGAGGUUGCUGAUGAAUGUAAGGGAUUGCCUCUUGCAAUUGUUACCGUGGCAAAAGCUCUAAAAGGUGAGAGUUUAGAUGGGUGGAAAGCCGCAAACCAGAGAUUCAAGGACUCAAGGCAUGUGGAUAAUGAAGAAGUUCUCGGAGGUGUCCUCAAGCCUCUUAAGCUUAGCUACGAUUAUUUGAAGAAAAGCAAUAACCAAAUGACGGGAAAUGACAUCCAAAUGUGUUUCUUACUGUGUUCCCUUUUUCCUGAAGAUGCUGAAAUCUCUAUUGAGUUAUUGAUUAUGUGCGGAAUUGGAGUAGGAUUGUUCCCGUAUGCUAACUCGAUUGAAGAUAAAAGGAAUGAAAUUGGUAUAGCACUAAAAAAACUCUAAAAAUCUGGCUUGUUAUUGGAAACUAAUGAUGAUGCAGAAAGGAUAAGAAUGCAUGAUGUGGUUCGAGAUUUUGCUCAUUGGCUAACAUCAACCGGAGAAAAUAGGUUCAUGGUAAAAGAUAAGUUGAAAGAAUGGCCUGAUAUGGUUGAAAGUUUUGAAUGUUAUACUGCAAUCGCUUUAUGGAAUUGUAGUAGUAACAUAAAAAAUUUUCCUGACAAAAUAGAAUUUUCAAAGCUCAAGACUUUGUUUCUUCAGAGGGAGUGGAAGGGUGAUUCACUAGUGGUUUCCAGUACAUUUUUUGAAGAAAUGAAAGCCCUCCAAGUUCUAUAUCUCAGUUUUGUCCGUUUUUCACUGAAAGGAUUCCAUUCCUUACCAAAUCUUAAAACUUUGUGGUGUGAGGAUUGCAAGGUGGAAGACUUUUCAUCAUCACUGACGAAUAUGAGAAGCCUUGAGAUUCUUGCAUUGAUUAGCACUAACAUUGAUGAGAUAAGUGAAGAAUUAGUGAAAUUGUCUACAUUGAAA